AUGGGAGGCCAGCAAGGGAAAUUUGCCGGAGGCGUCGGUAGAGAUUUUUUCAGAAGACCGCUGAGGAAGGAUGCGAGAGUGGGAGCGCCUGAUUAUCUCAAGAGAUUUACCAGACAUGACUUCUACUGGGGUUUCGGAAAGCUGCCGAUGUUCGUUGUUGGAGGAUAUUUCUUAUCGAACGCAUACUGGGAACGAUAUUCCAAUGCAGCUAUAGAUUACAAGACAAACAAGGAAUUCUUCGAUAGAAAUCGUCGACUAGCGCAAAUUACCGGUGACGACCGACCACUGCUGGACAGACCAUUUGCGCUAGAAAAGGCGAUAAAGAAGGCACAAGUUCGAGCGUUUCUCGCUGGCGAUCCAGUUUACGAAGAAGCUUUUCACAGAAUCUACCUCGACCGCGCUUGGUGGAAAACGUAUUGGUAUCUCAAUCAGAUAAAUCCGGAAGACCACGAAUUUCUUCCGAUCCCGUAUCAUCAUAGAGCACCAGACGGCAAAUUUACUUUUCAUGAAGAGAAACUUAAUUAUAGAAAGAAAAGUAUAGCUGAGCGAGGAAGGCUGGACAUAACAAACGAAGAACGAGCAGAAUUCAUGAAAAAGUAUAAUUACGAUACCGGCGAGCUUCGUCCUUACUCUGGAAAAGUUCCUGCAGUUCAAAAACUUGUGCGGAAUAAUAUGGGCGCCGAUAUUUAA